AUGGGGCUCGGAGGGGAGCCCGGCGUCGCCUGCGCUUUUCUGGACGGAGCGAGCCCCUCUUCGGCUGUCGGGGAGACGCCGGGCCCCGCGGCGUGCGAUGGAUUGAGGCGCGCCCGCCGCGGCCCCAUCGAUGCGAUGGAAAAUCGGGGGCUGCUCUGCACGCUCUGCUCCCUGGUGCUGCACGCGCCGCUGCUGCUCGGCGUCACCGCCACCUUCACCGAAGUUCCCAAAGAUGUGACUGUUAGGGAGGGAGACGACAUCGAGAUGCCUUGCGCUUUCCGAGCCAGCGGAUCCACCUCUUAUUCCUUGGAAAUCCAGUGGUGGUACCUCAAGGAACCGGCCCGAGAACUCGCACACGAACUGGCUGUCAGCAUCCCUGGCGGCAGGAGCAAGGUGGCGAACAAGGACGCGACCAAGAUCAGCACGGUCCGCGUGCAGGGCAACGACAUCUCGCACCGGCUGCGGCUGUCGGGCGUGCGGCGGCAGGACGAGGGCGUCUACGAGUGCCGCGUGGCGGAUUACAGCGACGACGAGACGCAGGAGCACAAGGCCCAGGCGCUGCUGCGCGUCCUGUCCCGCUUCGCUCCGCCCGAUGUGCAGGCGGCCGAGGCGGUGUCCCACAUCCAGAGCGGGGCGGCCCCUCGCCGCCACGGCCCCGCUGGUAGAGCCACGCCGCCGCCCGGCCCCGGGCCCGGCAAGCGUCCGCCACCGCCCCCCGGAGAGCGGGGACCCUCCGCCGCCGCCGCCGCCGCCGCCGCCGCCGCCUCGGCCUCGCCGCCGCCCGGACAGGGGCAGGGCCGGGGGCGGACCGCUAUCCUGCAGCAGCAGCACGGCUCAGGCACAGGACCUAUUUAUGCUACAGACCCACUCCUAUACAUGUUCCUGUUAAUACUGCAUAAUCUUGUACAUUUAUUAGUAAACCACUGAUGGACUACUUCCUUCACUACUCCUCAGCCAAACAAAAGGAACCUAUUUAAGAACAGGACAAGCCCCUGACAAAACAUUACCCACAGCUGGAAGGAUGGACAGAAAGAGACUGAAAGAAGCAUGAUAAAUUCCACAUGAGGGGAAAACAUAUUUUUGGGGAUGUCACAGAAGGUAAACCACAAAAAAUAAUGCAUCUAGUUUCCAGACCCUAUGGUGUAAGGCCCUGCUCUGUGCACAGCACCUAUGCUUUCUCUAUUUUAAUGUAAUAUUUUUCUUUUCUAAACCUUUCCUCUGACUCUUCAGACUCUUCAUUUUGCACGAACUGUUGAGCAGUUAUCUUUAUGACAGUAUGUAAAGAUGCUGGGUCAAAACCCUUCCUAAGAAAGGAAAUAUUCUUAGUAGAUUGUGUUUAGUUUUUCUGAAUUUCCUUUUUCUUUUUUUCUUUUUUUUUUUAAUUAAAUUAUUUCUUUUGGAGACAUUUUAAUUGAAAAGGUACAUCUUACCAUAAUUAAUAGGCACUGCUGAUAAUAUUUAUUUUUAAAUGAAGAUUGGAAACAAGGUAAGACAUUUGUUUAUAAACUGUAUUGUAUAUUGCUGAAUAACAGUUGAAUAAAAAGAUUUUGAAAUAAA